GGAUGAACCCCUCCCCAGACUGGGAUGAGCUCUCCAAACUGGGAUCAGCCCCCCCAAGCUGGGAUGAGCCCCCCAGACUGGGAUGAGCUCUCCAAACUGGGAUCAGCCCCCCUGAACUGGGAUGAGCCCCCCAGACUGGGAUGAGCUCUCCAAACUGGGAUCAGCCCCCCCAGACUGGGAUGAGUUCCCUGGACUGGAAUGAGCUCUCCAAACUGGGAUCAGCCCCCCUGAACUGGGAUGAGUUCUCUGGACUGUGAUGAGCCCCUUGAAGUUGGGAUCAGCCCCCCCAGGCUGGGAUGAGCCCCCCAGACUGGGAUCAGCCCCCCAGACUGGGAUCAACCCCACUGAACUGUGAUCAGCCCCCCAAACUGGGAUCAGCCCCCCAGACUGGGAUGAGUCCCCCCAAACUGGGAUCAGCUCCCCCAGAGCUCCCGCUCACUCUGGGGGUCCCCUGGGGUGGAGCCUUUUUUCCCCCCACCCAGAAUUUUCCUGCUUUUCUCCUCCUCCUCCUGCUGCUGCUGCUGCUGAGUGCUGCCACCACCCCUGUCACUGUCCCCUGGGUGCUGUGACACCCCCAGCCUGCCCACACCUCUCAUUGACAGCGCUGGUGGCAGCUUUUUGGGACCACUUUGGGAUGGUGUCACGGACCAAAACAUCAAAGCACGUCCCUGUCCCCUUCUCCUCUGGGCUCCUGGGGGGGAUCGGGGUCGGGUUAAACUGGAACUGGGCAGGGAGGGAGGAGCAGGGACCUCCAGAGGGUCCUGGGGACAUUGGGGUGUCCCCAUGCCAGGGCUUGGGGACAAUGGGGUGUCCCCAUGCCAGGACCUGGGACAUUUGGGGUGUCCCCAUGCCAGGACCUGGGACAGUGGGGGUGUCCCCAUGCCAGGGCUUGGCGACAAUGGGGUGUCCCCAUGCCAGGACCUGGGACAAUGGGGGUGUCCCCAUGCCAGGACCUGGGACAUUGGCGUGUCCCCAUGCCAGGGCUUGGCGACAAUGGGGUGUCCCCAUGCCAGGACCUGGGACAAUGGGGGUGUCCCCAUGCCAGGACCUGGGACAUUGGUGUGUCCCCAUGCCAGGGCUUGGGGCAGUGGGGGUGUCCCCAUGCCAGGACCUGGGACAUUGGUGUGUCCCCAUGCCAGGGCUUGGGGACAAUGGGGUGUCCCCAUGCCAGGGCUUGGGGACAUUGGGGGUGUCCCCAUGCCAGGGCUUGGGGACAGUGGGGGUGUCCCCAUGCCAGGGCUUGGGGACAAUGGGGUGUCCCCAUGCCAGGAGCACUGUGGGGCCAGGAGGCAGCUCCACCUUUGUUAUUCCCACUGGAAAAUCAGGAAUUAGGGACCAAAGCAGAGUGAGACAUUCCUGGGGACACCUCCCUUCACUGGGGGCAGAGUCACAUUGGGGACAGGGAAUUGUGGCUGCAGUGGGGUUGGGGACAGGGAAUUGGGGUGGCAGCAGGGCAGGGUGGGAAUCCCAGCUGGUGCUAAAACAGGGAGCACAAGGGCAGGGGGAGCCUCCUCCUCCCCCUGCUGAAUCCUCUUCGUAAUCACGUUCUUGUCUGGGAAUGGGGAGGGAGCCUCAAUGUGAAUAAACCCUUUUUUAAUGGACCAAAUAACACAGGAAAUUCCCUUUUGGGAUACAGAUCUUUUUUUAAUCCUCCCUCAAAACCGUCGUCCCUAAAUUCUCCCCUCCCAUGCUCCUUUCACCCCCGCCAUGGGAAACAAACCUCUUAUUGCUUGAUUUCUGCCUUUUCUCUCAACUUUAUGCACUUUUUUGCCUUUUUUUUUCAUAGCUGAAAAGCACCUAAACCUGUAUUUAAAAAUAAGUAAAUAAAUAAAUGAGUUUAAAAAAAAUCACAAAGAAGAAGAACAAUUAAAAAGCUGAAUAAUUGCUUCUCAUCACGUGUAAAAUAGAUUUCAUCCAUCCCAGCUUCCCUGGUUGUGUCUCAGUGCUGAGCUUAGAACGUGUUUUCCUCGGGAUCCGUCGCUUAAUUGGGGUUUUGUCCUUGUGUCCUCCUUCCUGGGUUGAGCACCCACCAGUAAAAACAAAAAUUUUACAAAAUUACUUGGCCUUUUUAUCCAAAAAAAAAAUAAAAAAAGAGAAAACCCACGGAAUGGAACAACCCGACCAUCGAUUCUCUUGCUGGUUUACUCGGAUUGAAAAUAAAAGUUUAAUUUUUACCUGC